UCUUUCCUGACCCGUUUGUCUUCAUAUUGCGUAGAUAACAAUGUGAAUGACGUGCAAGGUAACAAUUUACUUACUCUUCUUCGAACGCACGAAUGUUUUAAUCAUUUCCCGAAGGAUAUUAGAACUCUCGUACACACUCCACGCAAUCGUGUUACAACGUAUGUCGUAGCACCAGGGGAGUAUAUUCACUUUAGCCAGGAAGUAGAAAUUGUAAAAUACUUGAACAAUUGUCCUUAUAGUUCAAGUAUUCAUGAAAUCCAAUUAGAUUUCCAUACUGAUGGAUAUUCCUUAGAUAGGGCAGGAAGUAUUCAACUUUGGCCUAUACAAUGCAUGAUUAGAAAUUUACCACAUGCAAGGCCAGUCAUUGUAGGGAUUUAUAGAGGCCCCCAAAAACCAGAUAGCCCUUGCUCUUUUUUUAGUAAAUUCAUCAGAGAUGUCCAAGACAUCAUUUCUAAGGGAGGUAUCGAUUUUCAUGGUACUAAGGUGCCAAUCAAAUUGCGGUGCUUUAUCGCUGAUGCUCCAGCAAGAGCGUUCAUUUUAAAUCACCGUAGUCAUAUUUCUAAUCGACCUUGUUCCAAAUGCAAAGUCUCUGGUGUCCAAAGUGAACGAAGACUUGCUUAUAUUGGAGUCGAUCACCCACUUCGAACCGACGUGCAAUAUGUUCAGUGUUUGGACGAGGACCAUCACAAAGAAGGUGGAAGCCCGUUAGCUUCGCUAUCCUUUGGAAUGGUUUCUCAGGUUCCAUUCGAAUAUAUGCACCUCGUAUGCUUGGGUGUCGUUAAAAAACUAUUAUCUGCGUGGAUAUGCGGUAAAUAUUCACGCUCCUCCAAACUAUCCAGUAGUCAGGUUUCUUUGAUGUCUGCAAGACUGGAGAGUCUCAGACAAUAUUGUCCCUCUAAUUUCGCUCGACGCCCAAGAUCAAUCCAGCAAUUUUCUAAUUAUAAGGCCGUAGAAUUUCGGCAAUUUCUUCUUUACACUGGACCCGUUAUAGCAUCUGGAAUUCUGCCCGAUAAAUUAUUCAAUCAUUUUUUGCUUUUACAUUCAGCGAUUCGGGUAUUAGCUUCACAAUCUCCGUCACCUGGUUAUUUAAAUUUUGCAGAGAUCGCUCUGCAAAAAUUUGUUCUUCGUAGCGAACAAUUGUAUGGCCCACAUUUUUGUAGUUACAACAUUCAUGGUCUUCUUCAUUUAACCGAGGAUGUUAGACGUCUUGGUUCCGUUGAUUCGUUUUCUGCUUUCCCUUAUGAAAGCAAUAUGAAAGUAUUUAAAAAAUAUUGUAGGAAGGCGGGUCAGCCUCUCCAACAAAUUGUAAAAAGAAUGGCGGAGAUUGAUAGCAGUAGAGUGUAUGUAAAUAGGGAUCAGGUUUCUUCGAUACAGGUAUCUAUGCCUAUUGGCAGCGGUACUGAAUCUCAUCUUCAGUACCGUAAGAUACAAUUUAAUGGUAUGGCCUUCAGUGUAGAUGUACGCGAUAAUUGCUGCAUCUUACAGAAUGGUACCAUAUCCAUUAUUUGCUCCAUUGUCAAACAGGGCGAUGGAGUCCAAUUAGGUGUACGCUCGUUUUUACAAGUAGAUGACAUGUACGAUAUUGGCGCGAAAUCCUCCGCAUUAGGGUUGUAUAAAUGUCGACAUCUCUGUCGUGAAUAUUUUAUUAAUGUCAACGAUGUUUUUGGAAAGUGUUUUAGGAUGCCACUGCCUGGAGGGGAAGUCGAGGCAGAAGACAAUAAAGAAUAUGCAAUCGCUGUAUUGCUAAAUUCACAAGAUAUGUAA